GUAGCCCUGGUCUUAACUUCUCUGAUACAUUUCUUAACUUCUUUAGAUAAGGUAGCAAAACAGUCAUAAUUAUAAUAAUGUUCCAGAAAUGGUUUGUGAUUCUCUGAAUUUGUUUUGAGAUUAUUUCCUUUUCCUUUUAUUAUUUCAUAAUUGUUUAAAUGAGAAAGAUUUCAUUUCACCGCUCCAUUCCAUCUUUGAUUUUAUUCCGUCUUUGCCAGUUUUCUGCAUCAAAUCAAGAGAUUCCUCUAAACGGAACAAGAAGCCGGAGACCAUGUCAGAGAGAAACAUUAGGGGUGGUUCUUUUGAAAUAAGCACCGUCGAAACUCUGUCCACCGAUUAUGACAGGGGAGCUUAUCGCUGGCAAUCGGAAGAGGACGUCAAGCAAAGCUGGCUGUUGAAACCUAACAAGGAGAGUGAAAGGAGGAAGAAAAGAAUGGCUUAUGUGAACAACGUGACGGUCAAGACUCUGCUGUUGCUGGUCUUUUUGGGUGGUUUUAUCGCCCUCGUUGUUAAAGUCGUCAGCCGUCACCGCCACCGGCAUCCGGCUCCUGGCCCUGACAACUACACUAUCGCCCUCCACCAGGCGCUGAUGUUUUUCAACGCCCAGCGAUCUGGAAGACUUCCAAACCAAAAUAAUGUUUCAUGGAGGGGUGACUCCUGCUUGAAGGAUGAAAUUGUUGGUGGCUACUAUGAUGCUGGCGAUGCAGUCAAGUACACUUUUCCUGCAUCUUUUGCCAUGACCGUAUUGAGUUGGAGCGUGAUCGAAUACAGUGCAAAAUAUGAAGCUGCUGGAGAGCUAGAUCACGUCAAAGACAUCAUCAAGUGGGGCACUGACUACCUUCUCAAAACCUUCAAUUCCUCAUCCAAGGACUCAAUAACCAGUAUUGCUGCACAAGUUGGAGGAGAACGUGAUCAAUAUUGUUGGAUGCGACCUGAGGAUAUUGACUUCGAUGAUAAAAAACACCGUAGCGCAAACCAAUGUUACAACUGUCCAGCAUUGGCUGCAGAAGCGGCUGCUGCAUUAGCUGCUGCAUCCAUUGUGUUCAAGGACACUGAAGACUACUCGAAGAAACUUGUCCAUGGUGCAGAAAUACUGUUCAAGUUUGCCACGAAAGGUCAAGGUGAAAACUAUUCAGGCACUCCAGAUCCACCCUCACAUUUUUAUAAUUCUAGUGGUUUUUGGGAUGAGUUUGUUUGGGGUGGAGCUUGGCUGUACUGUGCAACUGGAAAUUCUUCCUUCCUUCAACUUGCUACCACACCUAAAUUGGCCAAAAAAGACUAUGCUUUCUGGGGAGGCCCUAGUAAGGGGGUGCUUAGCUGGGACAACAAGCAUGCUGGCGCUCAGUUGCUUCUAAGCCGUAUGAGAAUUUUUUUGGGUUACGGCUACCCAUAUGAAGAAAUGCUGCGAACAUUUCAAAACAAUAUAGAUGAUAUCAUGUGCUCAUACCUACCCGUUUUCCCAACCUUCAACAGAACCAAAGGAGGAAUGAUCCAACUAAACCAUGGAAGACCACAGCCUCUUCAAUACGUGGUGAAUGCAGCUUUCUUGGCUACCCUUUACAGUGAUUAUCUUGAAGGUGAAUUGAUAUCAGGAUGGCAAUGCGGACCUGAAUUUUACACGAACGAAGCUUUGCGCGACUUCGCAAGAAGCCAGAUUGAUUACAUCCUUGGUAAAAAUCCUCGGGCUAUGAGUUACAUCGUAGGCUAUGGCAAUUAUUUUCCACAGCGAGUACAUCAUAGAGGAGCUUCAAUUCCAUACGGAAAGGUAAAGUAUGGCUGUAGAGGAGGGUGGAAAUGGAGAGACAGUCGAAGACCAAAUCCAAAUACCAUUGUUGGAGCCAUGGUUGGGGGCCCUGACCAACAUGACGGCUUCCAGGAUAUGCGUGCCAAUUACAAUUACACAGAGCCAACCAUUGCAGGAAAUGCAGGUCUUGUUGCUGCGCUCGUGGCUUUGUCCGGUGGAAGGACUUCUAAAAUUGACAAGAAUACAAUCUUUUACGCAAUUCCUCCAUUGUACACACUUGGACCACCACCUCCAGUGACUUGGACACCAUGAGUAAUGACAUGCUUAUACAAUACUUACUAAUUUCUUAAACCCAAAAUGUUUCUGGGAAGAUUAGCAUUUUUUUUAAACCCUGAUUAGAUCAGCGUGAUCAACUCCGAGUCCUCUUUAAUUUGUUGCACCUUUUAAAAGAAUAGUUCCCAACAUCUAAUACAAUUUUACAUUAUCCAA